UCCAGUGGAGCUGGUUGUUUUUAUUUUUAGCUGCUGAAGGAGGAGUUUAACGUUUGACCUCCAGAACAAGACGAGCCACGACAGCUGAGGAGAGAAAACACGAGGAGAAGAGCGAGAAGAACCAGAACCAGAACCAGGAGAAGCUAAACAACACCAGAGAUCCACCCAGAGACACGACAAGAACCAGAACCAGAACCAGAACCAGAACCAGAACCAGGAGAAGCUAAACAACACCAGAGAUCCACCCAGAGACACGACAAGAACCAGAACCAGAACCAGAACCAGGAGAAGCUAAACAACACCAGAGAUCCACCCAGAGACACGACAAGAACCAGAACCAGAACCAGGAGAAGCUAAACAACACCAGAGAUCCACCCAGAGACACGACAAGAACCAGAACCAGAACCAGGAGAAGCUAAACAACACCAGAGAUCCACCCAGAGACAAGAACCAGAGCCAGGACCAGAACCAGAACCAGCACCAGAUCCAGAACCAGAACCAGGACCAGGACCAUGAGUGACUCUGAGAACGUGUUUCCUCCCAGCUUGUCUGCUGCUCUGCUGAAGUUGGACCCAGAGGAUGGAGAACAGAUCAUGGAGUAUCUGAAGACUCACGUCCUGCUGAGCAGAGAGAAAGCUCUUCUUCAGGCGUCGGUCAGAGAACAGAAGAAACUUCUGGUGGAAAACGCAAAACUGAAGAAAGACAUCGAACAGCUGAGAGUUCAGCUGCAAGAAAAACAGAGGAGGAGAACCGGUAGAUAUUUAUUAGCCCCGCCCCCUCCAAGCCUUAGCCCCGCCCCCGCCCCACCUGUGGUUCCCGCUGCUCCGGCUGAAGCCCCGCCCACCUCCUCUCAGGUGAGGAGGGAGAAGUGUAAUCGGAGAAGGAGAGCUCGCCCCGUCUCUGACCCUCUGAGGGCGGAGCCUCCGGUCGACGUGUCGCGACUUGACCUGAGAGUCGGACGAAUCUUGUCGGUGCGACGCCACCCGCUGGCUGACGGACUGACGGUGCAGGAAGUGGAGGUCGGAGAAGACGCUCCUCGAACGGUCGUAAGCAAACUGGGAGAGAAAACACACCUGGAGCAGCUUCCUGGUUCCCUCGUCGUGUUGCUAUGCAACGUGAAGCCCUGUAAGCUGAGGGGUGUGGCCUCUCAGGCUCGCCUCCUCUGUUGCUCCUCCCCUGACGAUGAUGACUUGGCGCUGCUGCUUCCUCCUUCAGGCUCCGCCCCUGGAGACAGAGUCACGGUUACCAGUUACCAUGGUGACCCAGACCACUUGCUGCCUUCAGGUCUGUGGCAGCGUCUCCAGGUGGACCUCCAGGUGGAUGGAGGGGGCGUGGCCUCCUAUAAGGGCGGCAGCCUGCAGGUAAAGGGGAAGGGUCGCUGCAGAGGCCCCGCCCUCACCUGCUGCUGCCUCAGGUAGAGUCCAAUCAGGAAGCUGAUCCUCAGAGAGUUCCAGUAAGCCGAUUAGACGGCAGAGAUCUCCAUGAUGACAUCUCUGGAGGAGCCAAUCAGUGCGCUGAUGCAGGUUUAAAGGUUUCAGAAUAAAAGUCUUUUAAUAAAAGCCCUGAAAUGAUAAAACUGUCUGAGAGGAUUCAUUCAUGACUCAAUAAUAAUAAUAAUACAUUUUAAUUUAUAAAGCGCUUUACAAGUAACUCAAAGACGCUGCAAUAAAAUACAAUAAAAUAAAGCAAGAGUAAAAAGUGAAGACAGUUAAAAAGUCAAUAAACAGUCAUUUAAAAUUGACAAAAUUAAAAAAUUUAAAUUAAAUACAGUAUCACUUAAAGAAAGCAUCUCUAAAAAAGUGACUCUUUAGAAGGGAUUUGAAUGUGGAGAGGUUGGUGCAGUCAUGGAGGGUGAAGGGUAGUUAGUCCCAGAGAGUGGGGGCAGCGAUGGCGAAGGCUCUGUCCCCCCAAUGUCUCCAGUUGGUCCUGUGUGGGAUGGAAAGGAGGUUUGUGUGGGAUGAGCGGAGAUUCCUGGGGGAUGUAGGGGAGGAGCAAAUCAGUGAGGUAAGAGGGGGCGAGAUUGUGGAUGGACUUGAAGGUGAGGAGAAGCAGUUUAUACUGGAUGUGGUGUGAAAUGGGGAGCCAAUGGAGGUUCUGCAGGAUGGGGAUGAUGUGGUCAUGGGAGCAGGUUCGGGUGAGGAGUCAGGCAGCAGAGUUUUGAAUGUAUCGAAGUUUAUUGAGAGCUUUGGAGGUGAAGCCGAAGAGAAUGCUAUUGCAGUAGUCGAGGCAGGAAGUGAUGAAGGCAUGAAUGAGGGUCUCAGCGGCUGAGAAGGAGAGGAAGGGGCGGAG